GGAUUCUUUGUUGGUGAUUUUGCCAUUUUUCGCGACGUUGCUGACGUGUUCCACAACCAAUACAACAAUGAGGACUGGUGGUUCAGUGGUGUGGUCGUUGGUGCUUCUGCUGGCGCUGGCGCUGGUGGGGAGCAGCGUUGUGGUGUGUGCUGGAGAGGAGAUUGACGAGAGCCACGUCGUCGUGUUGACAGAAGACAACUUUGACGACACCAUCUCAGAGGAAGGGAAGAUCUUCCUCGUCGAAUUCUACGCUCCUUGGUGUGGCCAUUGCCAACAGCUUGCGCCAGAGUACGCGCGGGCGGCUGCAGAGCUAGCGGAGGUGACGGACAAGGUGGUGCUGGCAAAAGUGGACGCCACAGAGAACGGAAACCUCGCUCAACAGCACGACGUGACAGGCUACCCAACGCUGAAAAUCUACCGCGAUGGUGCCACCUAUGACUACGAGGGUGGCCGCUCUGCCCAAGACAUUGUCAGCGUCAUGAAAGUCCAUGCCGACCCCAGCUGGCAGCCACCAAAGGACCGCGUCAUCGUGCUUACGGCAGAGAACUUUGACGAGACCGUGAACAAGGAGCCCAUCAUGCUUGUUGAAUUCUACGCGCCGUGGUGCGGCCACUGCAAGCGUCUUGCUCCAGAGUAUGAGAAGGCUGCCCGCGACCUCUGGGAGGUGUCACCACGGAUUCCCCUCGCCAAGGUUGAUGCAACGCAAGAACGUGAGCUGGCAGACCGCUUUGGAGUGACGGGGUACCCAACGCUCUUCGUCUUCCGCAACGGCAAGCACUACAAGUACACUGGCCCGCGCCAGCGCUACGGGAUUGUUGAUGAGAUGCGCGAACUUGCGCAGCCGCCGGCAUCCAAGCUGGAGACCGUAUUUGACAUCGACUCCAUCAUCGAUGGUGACGCUCCUGUUGUCAUCGGCUUCUUCGACAGUGAUGACUCGCCGGGCCUUGAAGUCUUCCAGGAUGCCGCCAGCAUCGACCGAAAGCUGUUCAAGUAUGCGUAUGCCACGUCUGAUGCCAUUCGCAAAGCAUACAAUGUCCAGUCUGCAGAGAAGGUCGUUGUGUUCCAGCCGACCAAGUUCCACUCGAAGCUGGAGAACCCCUCCAUUGCUCGCGAUGUUGGCGACGACGCAACAGAACUCAACGCCUGGAUCAAGGCGCAUGGCUUCCCGGUUGUUGGCCACCGCACGAACAACAACGUCGACAUCUCAAAGUACGAGCACGCGCGCCCGCUGGUCCUGCUCUACUUUGAGGUGGACUUUUCGUCCGAUUUGCGUGAUGAAACCAACUUCUGGCGCGAGAAACUCGUCAAGCUUGCCCUUGAUAAAUAUGCGGACAAGGUGAACAAGGAUCUGUUCUUUGCUGUCGCGUCUGAGGAAGAGUUUUCGCACGAGCUGGGGGACUUCAAGCGCAAAGGCGCAGACGAGGAGUUCACGGCAGCCAUCCUCGCAAAGGACAACGUCAAGUACCUGAUGGAGGACGAGUUUGACAUGGACAACCUGGAGGCGUUCAUUGACGACUUUCUGGCAGGAAACCUCAAGCCAUACCUCAAGAGCGAGCCCAUUCCAAAGUACGAAGCCCGUGUGUUGUUGUUGUUGGUGGUGGUGGUGGUUGUUGUUGUUGUUGUUGUUGUUGUUGUUGUUGUUGUUGUUGUUUUCUUCGCGCCAUGGUGCGGCCACUGCAAGCAGCUGAAGCCCGUCUACAAGAAGCUGGCGAAGAAGUUGAGCAAAGUCGACGAUGUUGUCAUCGCUGCCAUGGACGCGACAACAAACGACGUUCCACCGCCAUACAAGGCCACCGGGUAUCCGACCAUCUACUUUGCACCGCGGGGCGACAAGAGCAAUCCCAUCCCCUUUGAUGGCGACCGCGACGUGGACGGCUUCCUCUCGUUCCUCCGCAAACACUCAUCCGCCAAGAUCCCAAAGUUCAAGAAGAAGAAGAAGGCUGCAAAGAAGGCAGAAGAAGUGGAGCCCAAGGAGCAGGCACCAAAGGAUGAACUCUGAACAUGUGCACACAACACAACACACAGCACAACACAACUCAACACAACUCAACACAACACAGCGUCCCACGUGCU